CAGGGCUUCCUGAACACCGAGAUCUCCGCCUGAGCGAGAGCCCACCUUCCCCAGCAGCGGGCCCUGAGCCAGAGAGGUGACCCCAGCCCGAAAGCCAGUUCUCCACUCAGUGCCUCAAUGCACAGUUGGACCCCACUCGGACAUGCAGGUAUCUGAGCAUGAGACACCCCGGCCAGGACCACGGUGCCAUCUCACUCACUGCAGUCUGGGAGAGGCUGUCGUCGAGUCUGAGAGUCACCGCCCGCAGUGCCCUCCUGAGCCCCUGCCCUCCUCCCGGCAGGACCAAGACCACUGGAGGGGGGGGCCCUUUCUUGUGGAUUGAACUUGCAGAGUGGUGCUGGGGCCUGGGAGUGCCCCCGCCCAGUCCCCCCAUCGGCACCUCUGCUCUCGGGUGACUUACUUUAAACCAAGUUCUGAGUCCUUGCAGGCGACAUGCCUCCCAGAGCCCUGUUGUGGGCUGUCAGGAGGCUACGUUCAGUUACCUCAGUUACCGGCUGCUCUGUCCCAAGGCUGCAUAGCCACUGACCUGUGGGACAGGAGAGCCGGCCAGGAGCCAGUGCCAGGCCGCGGGGCCUCCUGCGUGCCCUGUUUGCAGUGCAGUCCACGCCCGCCCCACAGCACAGCACACGGGCUGCUUCUUGCAUCACCAGCCUCAAUACUGUGUCUGGGCAAUUUCUCAAGACUUAUCUGAUUUGCCCUCGGGUCAAAGCCAGGCGCAGAGGGAACUCCCAUUCUCUGAAGGGCGGCCUUCAAGGACACAGAGCCAGAAUCCACGACACCUUGGGUGACAGCCUGUCCCUGCAUUCUGCACCCCAGCCGCUGGGCCCCACGAGCCAGCCGAGCAGUGAUGGCCUCUGAAGCCAGGAGCCCGCAGAAAGAAGCUGGGAGAACAGCCGUGACACGAUGCCCACUGUGGGAACAUUUCCUCCACACAGAGGCCGGGAGGGCCCCGGCGUCCCACUGCCUUCUCCAUGCCCCUCUCAGGGGUCCUCCUGUCCACCGAGUCUGCGCCUCCAGUGUCAGACGGGCCCCUUGGUGGUGGACAUUCUGGCUCCUGCCGGCAGGUCACCAGGUCCAGACAGCAAAAACGUACAAGGGGUUAGGACUUGGCACUUGGAGAAGGUUCGAGAGUUCCUGUCACACGGGAAAGACCGUUCUGAGCCCCAUCGGCAAGUGCUUGGCCUGGGGUAGGGUCCCUGGAGAUGGGGGAGAGGAGGGCGACUGGGUCCACCCUGUCCUGGAGGGGAGGGGACAGUUGCAGGGAGGGGAGGAGGAAGCAAGGCCAGGCCCUUCCCGAGGAGGGAGGGUGCCGGAUUUUCCCCAGGCGUGGCCCGGGGUAUAAAGGGCGCCGCAAGCCGGCUGCAGCCAGGGCAGCCACGGGUACGCCGCGACCGCCAGGUGCGCCGCCGCGGAGCCCGGAACCCAGCCCCCGCUGCGAUGGUGAGCCGCUCCUCUCCCCGCCCUCCAGCCUGGACGGUGCCGCCCGGCCUGCCGCCCGACACCCAGGCUGAGGACGUGGCGGCAGGGUCCAGGAAGCCGCCCAAAUCUGGGGGCAAAAGGGAGCCAGGAGCCCAGACCCCCCCGGGCCUCCGUUUCCCGACCUGUAGAGGGAGGCUACGUCCCCCUGCCCGCUUUCCACAGGGAGCAGAGCCCGCGGCGGGCAGGGCGGGGCCCCUCCCCGGGGCGCCGCUGACCCCCCACCGCCUGGUCCACCAGCCGCUCCGUGUCCUCCUGCUCCUGCUCUGGCCGCCCACCAGCCUGGCUCUCCACAGCCCCCCACUCCGGCCAGGGGCCCGCACCCACACAGCCGGGACCCCGCGCUGCUACUCGGCGGCGGAGCUGCCCCUGGGCCACACCCCUCCCCACCUGCUGGCUCGAGCGGCCAAGUGGGAGCAGGCGUUGCCGGUGGCGCUGGUGUCCAGCUUGGAGGCGGCGGGCCGCAGGGGCCGGCACGCGGGAUCGCCGGCCGGGAACCAGUGCCCCGUGCUGCAGCCCGAGGAGGUGCUGGAAGCUGACGUCCACCAGCGCUCCAUCUCGCCCUGGAGAUACCGCGUGGACACGGACGAGAGCCGCUACCCCCAGAAGCUGGCCUUCGCCGAGUGCCUGUGCCGGGGCUGCAUCAGCGCCAAGACAGGCCGCGAGACGGCUGCGCUCAACUCGGUGCCACUGGUCCAGAGCCUCCUGGUGCUGCGCCGUCGGCCCUGCUCCCGGGAUGCGGCGGGGGUGCCCACGCCCGGGGCCUUCACCUUCCACACCGAGUUCAUCCGAGUGCCCGUGGGCUGCACCUGUGUCCUGCCCAGGUCGGCCCGGUGAUCACUGGCUCGGCUCCUGGACUGGCCUCCAGGGACGCCCCUCCUAUUUAUGUGUAUUUAUCGGGUAUUUAUGUGCCCCCCUGGGGCCCUGGGCGGGUACCGAGGCUCCAGGCCUCUGCUUUGAGACCUGGCCUGGGAAGGGCCCAGCCCCCGGUGCCUGGGGGAUGACCCUGUGCUGGGCAGCCCCCAGCUGGAGAGGCAGUUUAUCCUUUGACAGAAACAGCUGGGCUAGAAGGAACAUUCUCACUCUUCUGGAACUUGCUAAAACACCUACAGAAAAGGGAAAAGGUGUUCUGAUGGCCACCUCCACUUCCUGGCCUCCUGGGCUCCCCUCACCCCAGCCCCCCGGGAGGAACAAGCACCCCUGUGUUUCUAAAACAGCUAUUUAUUUUACACGUGAAUACGCGUUGUGUCACGGCUAAACAGUAUCUCAGAGCACAACACUGGCUGGCACAGAGGGCAGUGGGUGAAGCCACUCUCUCACCCUCUACGCUGCCUGGUCGUUAACACCCAGCUGGUCCCCCAGGGGCAGCCACUGGCCCAGAUCGUGGUGUGUCCUUCUAGGAAGGUCUGUGCAUGGACCCAGGUGCACCCAGGGCGGGGUUAUGUUUUAACAGAGUGGAGCCCAGGUGUGCCCCGCUGGCCAUGCAGUAGCUCCCGGGUCUGGCGAUGGGACUCAUUCCCAAAGCCCAGCCCUCUCCCCACAGACGUGGGUGUGGCCCCUGGGGACUACCUCCCUACCCCAUGGACAGGUGUCCUGGGGUGACUUCCCGGGGGUCCGCUCAGGGGGACAUGUCUCUGUAGCCUGGCUGAGUCAUGCUCCCCCAACCCCAGCAGAGGCCCAGGCAGCUCUGGAAACCCCCUUGGGCUUCUGUCCACCACGGGUGACCUGCCAGACGAGGGGCAGCCAAGCUAAGGGGCACCUCCCAGCUCAGGCACCCAGCCAGCCACCUGAGAACCACCUGACCUAUCACGACAGAAGGUCCUGGCUCAGAGCACGUUUCGGGGCAAUGAGUUUAGGGGCCCAGGAGUGCGUGGCCUCAGCAGUUCUGGAUCCGCUACGAUGCCCGCUUUGGAGCCUCAGUCCCCACACCUGUGACGCACGUCAGCUCUAAGGGCUGUGGGGCUGCAGGGCAGUUGUCUGCACCCCCCUGCCACUUUCACCUGCUGAUUGACACCUACUGUGUGUAAGGCCCAGGAAGAGGGGAGGGGUCUCAGAAGGCUACCCGGAGGAGGUAACCUUUAUCUUGAGCUUGGAAGGAGUCUUCAAUCAGCACUUACUGAGUUUCUGCCCUGUGCCCAGGACCGGGAUCAGAGCUGUGAACAAAAUGGAUAGCUCCCCACCUGCCCCGUGGGUGACCGACCACCACGGCCCCAUCAGCGAAGCCCUGGGCCGGUUGGUGGUGAAGGGAUAAGGGAAGGGAGAGGGGCUGCAGUGGUGGCCACCUGGGCACCACCUGAGUGGCCAUCCGGGGCCCAGUGCUCCAGGCAGAGGGGAUGGCCUGUGCAGAGGCUGAGAAGGUGGCCUGCCUGUGCCCGGGGGGCAGUGUGGCUGGAGCCCAGUGGACGGGGUGACAAGGGCCACAGCAGGUGCGGGCGGGGGCCGGAGACAGUGUCCGUCCUGGGCUAUGGGAGCCUGUGGGCUCCGAGCCGGGCACCGGGCAGGACAGGGCAGUGCUGGGAGUGGUCUGGGAGUGGGGGCGGAGGAACGGUGGGCCGACUGGAUUUAUGCUGAAGACGAAGAGUGUUGGCUGACAGGCAGUGUGCCCUCCAGGCCAGAGGUCCCUAGAGACCCCCAGCUCUGAAAGUGUGAGAGCAGGAGGCGAGCGAUUUAAGGGCUUUUCCAGACUUCGGGGGAGUGGGUGCCGGGGAAGGAAGGGGCUUCCCAGGCUGGGGUGUGAGCUGAAGCCAGGCAAAGCUUCGGGGCCACAGGGGCUCCUGGGCCCGCCAUGGCUACUGUGGUGUGUGUGCGGUGUGUGCGCGGGGGCAUGUAUGGUGUGUGGGUGUGUACGUGUUAACCGAACCCACUUUGGGUUCACUCACCCGCUGAUGACUCCCCCACCCUCCCUCCCUCCCUCCCUCCCUCUGUCUUUAAAAGCCUUUCCCUGAAAGCCACCAGGGAGUUGGGGGGCUUUUGAGCAUGAGCUGCCCGGACUCCUUGCUUGGUGCCUGCAGUAAACCCUGCACCUGCCUUCACCACAACGCGUGUCAGCAGACUGGCUUUGCUGUGCAGGGGUGAGCAGACCCGAGUUUGGUUUGGUAACAAUUUUGGCGACCUGGCUGGAGCGGAAGUCCCAAGUGGGCACCUUGCCCACGGCACACUGGCUCCAGGGUGGUCCAAGGGGUGCUGCAGCAGGUGAGUCCUAGCAGGUCAGGGAGCUGGGGGGACACACACACCCUCCCCCCAGACCUGAGACGUUCUUUUCCAGCGUAGAAACACAAACAGUUGGAAUUCCAGAUACGUGUUUCAUGGAACAGGCGAUGCACUGAGAUCCCAGUGCCAGUGAGGAAGAUGACAGCCCUGUUGCCGGUGAACCUGAAGGAGUCUGCAGAAAAGGGGGUGCCCUGGGCUGGGGGCUGCCCACCCCCACCCAUCUGCAGGAGAAGCCCUCGAAGCUUUGGUGGGACGGGAGUGGCUCGAGGCCCUGGUCACACGACCUCAUCAGUCACCGGCAUGGGGUUUUCCUGGGGGCCACCCACAGGGACCCCUGCCACCUCCUCCUCACUCGGCUUCUUGCGGGCCUCGGCUGGUGGCCGGGGCGGGGGGUUGCUGGGUGGCUGCUUGAUGGUGCCCCCCACCUGCGGCCGCUCCUUGGGCUUGGUCUCGAUGGGGGUCCAGUGCUCCCCGUGGAUAGCCGCCUGCAGGACAUGGAAGGGCUGGGCUGGGGUCCUCCCAGGCCGCCCCGCCCCGCCAUACGGCCUCCCCGCCCCUGCACUCCCCCACCCCCGCCAGAAGCCAGGACACGACCGAAUUCAGUGAGACCUGAGGGGACUGGAGCUCAGAGAGGUUAUUUGAUAGGCCUGAGGCCACACAGUCAGAACCCAGCUAUUUCACCACAACACAAGGGGCCCCACAAGAGUGAGGGGUGCUGAACCCCGGGGCUCCUGAAAGAUCCCCUGGAGGCAGCUUCCAGGUGCACAGCCCAAGGCCAGCCUUCUUCCCAGGGACUAAGGGCCAGGAGCAGGCCAGAAGCCCAGGCCUGAGUGGCCAUGAUGCUGAACUGAGGCCGGCAGCUCUGGGGGAGGCGGGUGGGGAGAGGCCCAGGAGGGUGGCCACGGAGGCCAGGGGCCCAGGUGUGUUGAGGAGGAAGAGUGCACGGCCCAGGGAAUUUGCUGAAAUGCAGACUCCAGGGCCAUAGGCCAAGUGGACCUGAGAACGUGUAUCUUUCAUUUUGUCUCCCCUAAUACAUUGGUUGAUACAAAAAAUAUGUGACAGCAUAUACUUUAUGAAGCAUAAGAAUAAAGUGAAUUUCUAG